GGGUGCGUACAGCGUCGCCAAUCUCGUCUGUUAUGUAUCCUAAUGUGAAGUCUUCAUAGGCAGGUGCCAUCCUCUUUCCAGGAUUUCCUGUCGUCACAAUUGCUUCUUCGAAGACCGUACAAUCAAUAUCUCAACAUCUAUAAAUAUGUCAGAGUUGGAUAAUAUUGCCGUCAUAGCAGCUCGAUUCAAUGUGUCACCCACGUUGAUUGCUUUGCUCACAUCUGCUGCGGAAUGGGAAGAAGUAGGUGAAAAUACUCAUGUCGAUAGUAGCAUUGAAAAUCUGACGAGAAUAGCUCAUCGUGGUUAUUGCGGCCCUUUCUCAGCAUCAAUCUUCGCUCGCAAUUGGCAACAUCAUCGGAUCAUCCAUCUCGAGAGCCCAAUGAUUUAUACUACCAUUCUCGUCAUAGCCACCUCCAUCUUCUCCUCAUUUCUCCUUUUCUUUGAACCAUGGAGCAGAAUAGCGAGAGCGACGCUUAUCGCUGAUUUUGUAUCCUAUGUCACCUCCAUAGCAUAUGCAAUAUGUAAAGGCAUUGUCUCGUCACCAGAGGAUGAUUCAGAUAAUGGCAGUGAUACUUCUUUGGAUGAGAGGGACUUUGAAGAGACCGAGUUUGAGAAGUCACGUUUUCCCAUGCGUUCAGGCGGCACCAGACUGCAAGCCGUGUCACGGGCCAUCGAUGACUACGAAAAUCUUGCACCCCGAGAGUCUGCGGAAGAAGAUAACGAAGAAAUUGGUUCAAAGAACAAUUUGAAGUUUCGACACAAGAAGUCCCAUUCAAUUUUCUACCGUAUCCUACACUUCAUACUUGGUCUGCUCUCGCUGUCCCUCUCAGGAUAUAUUCUAUCACGUAGUAUUACGUCAUUAGCAGCGACGCUUUCGCUAUCUACUACAGUUCUUGGCACUGCCAUUCUUUUCAUUGCGACGACACUUCCCGAAUAACUCAUCGCGAUUCUAUCUGGAAAGAAAACCCAAGGAGGAAUCAUCGUCGCGAACACAACCA